GUUUUGAUUGGAUGUAGAAGACGCCCUUGAUUAAACGUAAUUUCCGGAGGAUUACCGGAAGUUAGAUGUGGCUGUGAGAGGAAUUGUUGCGCAAUGUCUGCCAUUUUCAAUUUCCAGAGCCUCCUCACGGUUAUUCUGCUGCUCAUCUGUACCUGUGCUUACAUUCGAGCCCUGGCUCCAAACCUCCUUGAUAAGAAUAAGACUGGGGUUUUGGGAAUAUUCUGGAAGUGUGCAAGAAUAGGUGAACGGAAAAGCCCCUAUGUUGCCUGCUGCUGUGUCAUCAUGGCUGUUAGUAUCUUGUUUGGGUAGUAAGAACACCGAGAUUCAUGGGAGAUUAGUGAGACCAUAAUUAACAAAUGAAAUCGUAGUCUUUUAUAAUGUAACACUAUAUAUAUGCACUCACAGAAUGUUUUCGAUGACCAAGGUCAGAGCAUCAGCUCUGCACAGUUUAGACCAAUGUGUCCUUUGGCAUUUUAUCAUUAUUUUUAAGUUUCCUGACCCUAGUCAGUUUUUCAAAUAAAAUUUUCAAAAGAGACUUCCUUUUUAAA